AUGCCUCCACCCGGGUCUCCCUGGGAGAACCCCCGCAAGCAGGGCCCAGGAAGCGGAAUCAAUACCGCCGACCAGGCUUCCACUGAGAGUCCACGCUCAAGCAAGUAUGCAGAGCUAGUAGGCACGAACCCUAUCGCGAAUUUCCCUCAAACCUGGCCGUUCCGAUCGUUCACCCCUCCUGAGUGUAUCGACCUGAAGGAAAACGCCAAGCCCAACAAAGGAGCCAUAUUGGACAACAUGAAUUCGGAUGGUGUCUUGGAAGCAGGCACCUCCCUCAACAGCAAUCUCUCCGCUUUGGAUAAACCCACUGGGGCUAUCACAGCGAAACAACCUGAGGUUGAUGGUUCGAAGGGCAGUGGCGCCAUUGAAGCCCACAACACUAUGGCGUCGCUUUUUAGCCGCAUCAAGAAGCCCAUCCAACGUCUUCACAAGCCCUCGAAGCUCGAUAUUUCGUCUCCCGUGGCAUUGGAUUUCGCAAAGGCUUCGUCCGACUUCAAGGAAGUGUACACUGGAGCCCUCAAGUUGGAUGAACUACAAGCGGAAGCUCUCGGUAUUUUUGAUAAAAUCACUGGUUCAGAUGCCCCUGGUCUCGAUGAAGAGGUCACUGGCUUGGAUCCUCAUGUUCCUGAGGAUAAGUUCCAUGGUUUGGAUGCUCAUGGUCUUAAUAAAACCACUGGUUCAGAUACCCCUGGUCUCGACGAAGAGGUCACCGGCUUGGAUCCUCAUGUUCCCGAGGAUAAGUUCCAUGGUUUGGAGGCCCCUGAUCGCGAGGACAAGGUAAGCUGCGAUUCCAAGGUACUCCAUCAUAUCAGCCCAGAUCAUAUCCUGACUAAAUUCCAGUUUCAUGAUGAUUCUACCUCUGAGAAGACCCUGCUUCCAGUCUCUUCUCAAGAAGAAACCGAAGAGUCCUUGAGCAGUCUCGUUGAGGAGUUGGUCGCUGAAGAGGGCGAAGAAUAUGUCGUCCCUGAUCUAGCUCGUCACUCCGAUGCAGGCAAGAAGUACCCCGCCUACAUGAUCGAGACCGAUUUCCACAAGGGCCUCACCGAUGAAGAGGUGCUUGAGCGCCGCAAGAACCAUGGAAGCAACGUCAUGACACAGGACAAGGUCAAUCACUGGCUUCAGUUUCUGAUGUUCUUUGUCGGUCCAAUUCAAUUUGUGAUGGAGACUGCUAUCGUUCUGGCUGCUGCUUUGCGGGACUGGAUUAACUGCGGUGUCAUUGGCUUCCUUCUUCUUUUGAAUGCGAUCGUUGGAUUCGUUCAGGAGUUCCAUGCCGGCAACAUUGUUGCAAGUUUGAAGAAAACCCUCUCUCUCAAAGCCGUGGUUCUCCGCAACAGGAUUCUCAAAGAUAUCGAUGCAGAGGAUGUCGUUAUUGGGGAUAUCGUUUAUCUUGAAGAUGGAUCGAUUGUUCCAGCUGAUGGUAAAAUUCUUGGCCUAGACGGUCAGCCAGGCGUUAUGCAGGUGGACCAGUCCAGUAUUACCGGAGAAUCCCUUGCAGUGGAUAAGCACAAAGGGGAUCCUGUCUAUGCAUCCUCUGUUGUGAAACGUGGGGCUGGGUAUAUGGUUGUGACGGCAAUCGGCGACGAAACCUUUGUUGGCACAGCUGCAGUCCUGGUCAAAAAGGCUGCGCAUGUUCCUGGGCACUUCACUAUUGUCCUCAACCGAAUGGGCCGAGCUCUUCUGUACCUGGUCAUCUUCACGAUUCUUGCUGUUUGGGUUGCCGGUUUUUACCGCUCUUCUCUGAUUGUUCAAAUCUUGGAGCAAACCCUGGCAAUCACUGUUGCUGGUGUCCCGGUCGGACUUCCUACAGUUGUCACCACAACCAUGGCUGUUGGUGCAUCGCGUCUGGCGGCGGAUUGCAAAGCAAUCGUACAGAAGCUUUCAGCCAUUGAGUCUCUGGCGGGGGUCCAGAUCAUCUGCUCGGACAAAACAGGAACACUGACUCGAAAUGUCUUGACCCUUGGGGAACCAUGGCUCGUCGUUGGAUUCACCCCAUAUGAACUGAUGCUGACUGCCUGCCUUGCGGCUAAUCGUAAGAAAGGAGGGAUUGAUGCCAUUGACAAGGUUUUCUUGAAGGGCCUUUGUCAAUACCCCACCGUCAAACCCGAGAUCCUCUCGUACAAGACACUGGAGUUUACUUCGUUUGAUCCGGUUUCGAAAAGAGUCACCGCGGUUGUUGAGUCAAAGUCGGGCGAGAAAAUGCUCUGUAUCAAAGGUGCCCCCACGGCUGUUUUGACCAUGGUGCAGAAAGACACGGUCCUGAGUGAUAAGUUGGUGGAUCAGUACAAGGCCAAGGUUCUUGAGUUUGCCAAUCGUGGGUUCCGCUCUCUGGGCAUUGCUCGUAAGCGUGAAGGCGAGGAUUGGCAGAUUAUGGGUAUCAUGCCGUGCUAUGAUCCUCCCCGCCACGAUGCUGCUCAAACAAUCGCCGAUGCAAAAUCUCUGGGUCUGUCUUUCAAAAUGCUCACUGGCGACUCUGUAGCCAUCGCCCGAGAGACAUGUGCUUCCCUUGGACUUGGAACCAACAUUUAUAAUGCUGAGCGUCUCGGGGUCACUGGUGCCGGCUCUAUGCCUGGAUCCGAAGUAGCUGACUUCGUUGAAGCUGCCGACGGAUUCGCUGAAGUGUUUCCUCAGCACAAAUACAACGUGGUUUCGAUUCUGCAAGACCGCGGAUAUCUGGUUGCCAUGACUGGUGAUGGUGUGAACGAUGCCCCUUCCCUGAAGAAAGCCGAUACCGGUAUUGCAGUCGAGGGUGCAUCGGAUGCGGCUCGGUCUGCUGCCGACAUUGUCUUUCUGGAGUCCGGCCUGUCUUCCAUAAUCGAGUCCACCAAGACUUCUCGCAUGAUCUUCCAGCGCAUUUAUUCGUAUGUGGUUUACCGUGUCGCCCUCUCAAUCCAUCUGACUUGCUUUUUCGCGAUUCAAAUCUUCGUUCUCAACACCACCUUGGAUAUUCGGAUGAUCGUCUUCUUCGCCAUUUUUGCUGACAUUGCAACUCUGGCAAUUGCGUAUGACAACGCCACUUACUCGCCGCACCCGGUCACAUGGAACCUUCCGAGGCUCUGGGGUGAAUCCGUUGUUCUGGGCGUCGCGUUGGCCAUAGGCAGCUGGAUCACCUAUACCACAAUGUUGAUGAGCAACACACGCGGUGGAAUUGUACAGGAAAAUGGCCCUCUUUCUCGGGGACUUCGGGAUGAGGUUAUGUUUUUGCAAAUUUCUCUUGCCGAAAGUUGGUUGAUCCUUAUCACUCGGGCAUCUGGGGCAGGCUCCCGGGCUUUGUUUGUCAGAGCGCCGUCGGUCAUUCUCUGUGCUUCAAUCCUCGCUGUCAAUCUGGCUGCCAGUUUGAUGGCUGCAUACGGCGUAUUUGGUGAGAGUGUCUCACUGUGGACAUGUCUUCGUGUUUGGGGGAUUUCGGUCGGAGUAACUUGCGUCAUCGCCAUGGUGUACGUCUUGUUGCACAACUCCGAAGCAUUUGACAAUCUCAUGCACGGCAGAUUCUCGGGACGCAAGGCUAAAAAGCGCUCGUCUGAGGACUUCGGUCUCAACAUGCAGCGCAUGGCUAACGCGCACGAGGUCUCUUAA